AUGCCAACCAUCACAGUAGACAAGGCUGCCCUCUUCCAGGCACUGGGGAGGACCUACACGACAGAGGAGUUCGACGAACUCUGCUUUGACUUUGGGAUCGAGCUCGAUGAAGACACCUCACUGACAGAACGACCGAUCGUCAACGGCAAACAAGAACCUCCUCAGCUAAAGAUCGAGAUCCCAGCCAAUCGAUAUGACAUGUUGUGCUUCGAGGGCAUUCAGCUCAUGCUGAACAUCUUCAAUCGCAGAGCACCAGCACCUAAAUAUGUUCUUAAAGCACCGCCCAAAGGAGAAAUUCAGACCAUUACAGUUUCCAAGGAUUGCGAGAGAAUACGGCCAUACGUCUCUGGGGCCAUUUUGCGAAACAUCAAAUUCGACCAGGCCAGGUACGAGUCUUUCAUUGACCUACAAGACAAGUUGCACCAAAAUCUGGCGCGCCAGCGGACUCUGGUGUCCAUAGGAACGCAUGACCUCGACACGAUCAAGGGCCCCUUCACCUACGAAGCCCUUCCUCCCAAGGACAUCAAAUUCGUGCCGUUGAACCAGACCAAGCAAAUGAAUGGUGAAGAGCUUAUGCAGUUCUACGAAAAGGACAAGCAUCUGGGUCGCUUCUUGCACAUUAUCAGGGACUCUCCAGUCUACCCGGUUAUCUACGACUCUAAUCGCAAUGUCUGCUCGCUGCCGCCAAUCAUCAAUGGUGAUCUCAGUAAGAUCUCUCUCAACACCAAAAACGUCUUUAUGGAAGUCACCGCCACAGAUAAAACCAAACUAGAGACCGUCGUCAACAUCAUGGUCACUAUGUUCUCUCAAUACACCUCAGACCAGUUCACCGUCGAACCCAUUCAGAUCAUCUCCGAACACAACGGGCAGUCGAGACAAGUUCCUGAUCUUACCCCCCGCUCCACAGUCGCUGAAGUAGACUACAUCAAUGCCUGCUGCGGCCUUUCACUAUCGGCACAAGAAAUCUGCAAUCUGUUGACACGAAUGUCCUACACGGCACGCCCGUCAAAGUCGGACAAGAAUCUGAUCGACGUAGAUGUGCCCCCCACACGUGCAGAUGUCCUACAUCAAGCAGAUAUCAUGGAAGACGUCUGCAUCGCUUAUGGCUUCAACAAGCUGCCCCGUGCAUUUCCCAAGGUCGGAGCCACCAUCGCCGCUCCAUUGGCAAUCAACAAACUCUCCGACAUUCUACGUCUCGAAGCCGCCAUGGCGGGCUGGGCGGAGGUUCUUCCACUUAUUCUGUGUUCGCACGAUGAGAAUUUUGCGUGGCUCAAUCGCAAGGAUGAUGGCAACACUGCAGUGCGUCUAGCAAAUCCAAAGACAGCAGAGUAUCAAGUUGUUCGCACGACGUUGUUGCCCGGACUGCUGAAGACUAUCCGUGAGAACAAGCAUCAUUCUAUCCCUAUCAAGAUUUUUGAGGUCAGUGACGUUGCCUUUAAGGAUGCCAGCCUGGAACGCAAAUCUCGGAACGAGCGACACUUCGCUGCCGCAUGGUACGGCAAAACGUCAGGCUUCGAGGUGGUGCACGGCCUUCUGGAUCGUCUCAUGGCUAUGCUUAAGACGGCUUUUAUCACUCACGAAGAAGGCCUUGAGAUCCGUGGGGGAGACACAGGAAACGGAACUAAAAUGGAGUACUGGAUCCAGGAACUGGACGACGCGACAUAUUUCCCCGGUCACGGCGCCAGUAUUCACGCAAGAAUCGCGGGGAAAGAAGUUGUCAUUGGGAACUUCGGGAUCCUGCAUCCAACAGUGUUGGAAAAGUUCGAGUUGAGAUAUCCAGUCAGUGUCUUGGAGUUCAACGUGGAGGUCUUCUUGUAG